AUAAAGUAGGGCGUGAGCAUAUCUAAAUAUUUUUACUACUACGGUGUCAGUACAUUGUCUCGUCUAUAAAUGCUCACAAUGCAAAAUUAGUUUCAUUUAAGGUGUGAACGGCCAAUAAAUUCAUCUCCACCCAAACAACCCUUUCUGAUAGAGUGAGAGGGACUACGCCUUGAACAGGUGGGAGUUUCCAAACUCGGAACAUAUGAGUCACAUGGGAGAACAUGUGCACAUAGUUUUCCUUUAUUUUAACAACUUUUGAUUUUCUCCUAUCAAUCUGUAUUAAGGGAGUGGUUUGUUAUAUAACCCUGCCUCCUGUGAAGGAAAAAGCAAUGAUGCUAAAGCUUGGUGAGGUAUGUACCCGGCUCUGACCUGGAGGUUAAACCAGUUUGUCUACUCUUGAGGUGUAUUACUUGCUGCAAGCGAGAAGUCCACAAACCGUAAGAAGAGUACAGAGGUAAACAAGGUCUCAUCCUUUAUCGUGUGAAAACAUGGCACAUUGUCAGCACUAAUAUUUACUGAGGAUUUAAAUGCUUAAUACAGUCUCAUGGGAUACAAGGUUUGAGUUGUGGACCCAUUUCAUCUCUAUGAAUAUAUACUAGCGAAAUGGCUGGCCUUCGAAGAUGCCUCUCUGACAGCUUGCUGCUUGAAGAUGAUGAUUUCUCUGGAAAGAGGUCUGAGUUCACAGACCAUGACUUUUUUGAAGAAGAUGAACGUGGCGGUGCCAGCAUUCACGUCACACAACAGAAAAGAGGUGAAGCUCGAGACAUUUUGAGAAUGAUUGAUAAUGAUAACAUGGUAAACAACCAUGGUAUGAAAUCCAGCAAAAGCAUGGGGAGUCUAGAUCAGAACGUCAAAGCUCCAACUGAGAUGUGGAAGGAUUCUUAUGACAAGCUCUUCAAUUCUAAAGUCAAGAGAUUCAUGAAAGGAAACCAAACAAACAGACAUGGCAUUCACAGUAUGACAAGCCAGAGAGAAAUGCUUGCCACUGACAACAGUGAAUCCCAUUUAAUGCAUUUCCGAACUGCUAACUCGAAAAGAAAGGUAAAUGUUGCAACAUUCCUUCAAAAUGCGGACCGCAUGAGAGUCACAGAUGUCAAUUUUGAUGGAAGUAUAAAGGGAUCAAAAAUGUCAUCCUCUCAAGUGAGUGUAGGACUUAAUGGACCGGAUAUAGACAUACAUGGACCAAAUGUUGAUUUCAAAGGUCCGAAGACAGAUCUUUCACUUCCGGACAUGGACAUGCCUUCUGGAAAAAAGAAAAAGCCAACAUUCAAGAUGCCUAAUUUUGGGCUCUCAGGACCCAAAAUAAAGACCCCGGAAAUGGAUCUGUCAGCUCCAAGAAUUAAAGCAGAUUUUGAUUCCCCGGACUUCAAUAUCAGAGGUCAUAAGCCAGAUAUCACAACACCUGACAUGAAUGUUGAUAUGCCUAAAGGUAAUAUUAAAGGACCAACCUUAAAGAAACCCAAUCUUGAUGCGAAUACACCUGAGCUCAACAUAAAUUCCCCUUCAGGUAAACUGAAGUUUCCAAAAUUCGGCCUUUCAGGUAGCAAGCCAAAAGCACCCAAUCUUAAAAUCAAUUCUCCAGACUUGAAUUUCAAAAGUCCCAAAAUAAAGAGAGGACUUGACACCCCAGACAUGGAUCUGUCUCUCCCUCAAGGUGAUUUUAAAAGUCCGAACUUAGACUUUAAAUCACCUGAUAUUGAUGUUGAUGCACCCUCUGGUAAAUUCAAUAUGCCAAAGUUAAAGAUGCCAAGUUUUGGACUGUCGGGUUUGAAGGGGCCACAAAUGAAUGUGGAUGCUGACAUUGAUAAGCCAGACCUUAAUCUGAAUAUGUCAUCUCCAAAACUAAAUGCGGGAAUAAACAGUCCUGAUAUUGACAUUCAUGGACCAAAUGUUGAUGUCAAAGGUCCAAAAACAAACCUUACUCUUCCAGACAUGGACAUGCCUUCUGGAAAAAUGAAAAUGCCAACUUUCAAAAUGCCUGAUUUUGGUCUCUCCGGACCUAAAAUAAAAACACCAGACUAUGAACUGAAAACCCCUGAAAUGGAUCUGUCAGCUCCAAAGAUAAAAGCAGACUUCGAUUCACCAGACUUUAACAUCAGAGGUCACAAGCCAGAUAUCACAGUCCCAGACAUGAAUCUUGAUGUUCCUAAGGGUAAAAUUAAAGGACCUACUUUGAAGAAACCCAAUCUCGAUGUGAAUGCACCCGAUUUUGACAUGAAUGCCCCUUCAGGUAAACUAAAGUUUCCAAAAUUUGGCUUCUCUGGUAGCAAGCUAAAAGGACCCAAUCUCAAAAUGAAUUCCCCAGAUUUUAAUCUCAAAAGCCCUAAAAUUAAUGGAGGACUUGACACCCCAGAUGUAGAUUUGUCUCUCCCUCAAGGUGAUUUGAAAAGCCCAAAUCUAGACAUCAAAUCACCUGAUAUUGAUGUUAACAGCCCCUCAGGUAAACUGAAUAUGCCAAAGUUAAAGAUACCAAGCUUUGGUCUGUCAGGCCUGAAGGGACCACAUAUGAAUGUUGAUGCUGACAUUGAUAAACCAGAUUUUAGUCUGAACACAUCAACUCCCAAACUAAAUGCAGGCAUAAAUGGUCCUGACAUUGAUGGACCAGAUGUUGAUUUUAAAGGUCCAGACAUGGACAUGGCUUCUGGAAAAAUGAAAAUGCCUAAUUUCAAGAUGCCCGAUUUUGGUCUCUCAAAACCCAAAAUAAAGUCACCAGACUAUGAACUGAAAACCCCUGAAAUGGAUCUGUCAGCUCCAAAGAUUAAAGCAGACUUUGAUUCCCCAGACUUCAGCAUCAAAGGUCAUGGCCGGGACAUCACAACUCCAGAUAUGAAUCUUGAUAUUUCUAAAGGUAAAAUUAAAGGACCUACUUUGAAGAAACCCAAUCUUGAUGUCAAUGCACCUGAUCUCGACAUAAAUGCCCCUUCAGGUAAACUGAAGUUUCCAAAAUUUGGCUUUUCAGGUAACAAGCCCAAAGGACCCAAUCUUAAAAUCAAUUCUCCAGACCUGAAUCUCAAAAGUCCCAAAAUAAAGGGAGGAAUUGACACCCCAGACAUGGAUUUAUCUCUUCCUCAAGCUGAUUUUAAAAGUCCGAACUUAGACAUUAAAUCACCUGAUAUUGAUGUCGAUGCACCCUCUGGUAAAUUCAGUAUGCCAAAGUUAAAGAUGCCAAGUUUUGGACUGUCAGGUGUGAAGGGGCCACAAAUGAAUGUGGAUGCUGACUUUGAUAAACCAGAUCUUAAUCUGAACGCUUCUACUCCUAAACUAAGUGCUGGAAUAAAUAGUCCUGAUAUUGACAUUCAUGGACCAAAUGUUGAUGUCAAAGGUCCAAAAACAAAUCUUACACUUCCAGACAUGGACAUGCCUUCUGGAAAAAUGAAAAUGCCAACUCUAAAGAUGCCUAAUUUCAAUCUUUCCAAACCCAAAGUAAAGACACCAGACUAUGAACUGAAAACCCCUGAAAUGGAUCUGUCAGCUCCAAAGAUUAAUGCUGACUUUGAUUCCCCAGACUUCAAUAUCAGAGGUCAUAAGCCAGAUAUCACAGUCCCAAACAUGAAUCUUGAUACAGGUAAAAUUAAAGGACCUACUUUGAAGAAACCCAAUCUUAAUGUCAAUGCACCUGAUCUCGACAUGAAUGCCCCUUCAGGUAAACUGAAGUUUCCAAAAUUUGGUUUCUCGACUGGCAAGCCAAAAGCACCCAAUCUUAAUAUCAAUUCUCCAGACCUGAAUCUCAAAAGUCCCAAAAUAAAAGGAGGAAUUGACACCCCAGAUGUGGAUCUGUCUCUCCCUCAAGCUGAUUUUAAAAGUCCAAACCUAGACAUUAAAUCACCUGAUAUUGAUGUUGAUGCACCCUCUGGUAAAUUCAGAAUGCCAAAGUUAAAGAUGCCAAGCUUUGGUCUGUCAGGUAUGAAGGGGCCACAAAUGAAUGUGAAUGCUGACAUUGAUAAGACAGACCUUAAUCUGAAUAUGUCAACUCCCAAACUAAAGGCUGGAAUAAAUAGUCCGGAUAUUGACAUUCAUGGGCCAAAUGUUGAUUUCAAACGUCCAAAGACAGAUCUUUCACUUCCAGACAUGGACAUGCCUUCUGGGAAAAUGAAAAUGCCAACUCUAAAGAUGCCUGAUUUCAAUAUUUCCAAACCCAAAAUAAAGACACCAGACUAUGAACUGAAAACCCCUGAAAUGGAUCUGUCAGCUCCAAAGAUUAAUGCUGACUUUGAUUCCCCAGACUUUAACAUCAAAGGACAUAAGCCAGAUAUCACAGUUCCAGACAUGAAUCUUGAUACAGGCAAAAUUAAAGGGCCAACUUUAAAGAAACCCAAUCUUGAUGUGAAUGUACCUAAUCUCGACAUGAAUGCCCCUUCAGGUAAACUGAAGUUUCCAAAAUUUGGCUUCUCAACUGGCAAGCCACAAGCACCCAAUCUUAAUAUCAAUUCUCCAGACCUGAAUCUCAAAAGUCCCAAUAUAAAAGGAGGAAUUGACACCCCAGAUGUGGAUCUGUCUCUCCCUCAAGUUGAUUUUAAAAGUCCAAACUUAGACAUUAAAUCACCUGAUAUUGAUGUUGAUGCACCCUCUGGUAAAUUCAGUAUGCCAAAGUUAAAGAUGCCAAGUUUUGGUCUGCCAGUUGGGAAGGGGCCACAAAUGAAUGUGGAUGCUGACUUUGAUAAGCCAGAUCUUAAUCUGAAUAUGUCAACUCCCAAACUAAAGGCUGGGAUAAAUAGUCCUGACAUUGACAUUAAAGGACCAGAUGUUGAUUUCGAAGGUCCAGACAUGGACAUGCCUUCUGGAAAAAUGAAAAUGCCCACUUUGAAGAUGCCUGAUUUUGGUCUCCAUGGACCCAAAAUAAAGACACCAGACUAUGAACUGAAGACCCCUGAAAUGGAUCUGUCGGCUCCAAAGAUUAAUGCAGAUCUUGAUGCCCCAGACAUGAACAUCAAAGGGCAUAAACCAGAUUUCACAGCCCCAGACAUGAGUAUUGAUUUCCCUACAGGUAAAAUUAAAGGACCAACUUUAAAGAAACCUAACCUUGACAUGAAUGCACCUAACUUAAACCUGAAUGCCCCUUCAGGUAAAAUGAAGUUUCCAAAAUUUGGCUUAUCCAGUGGCAGGCCAAAAAUGCCUGAUGUUACAUUUAGGUCUACAAAGAUGGAUAUGAAAAGUCCCAAAAUCAGAGGAGGACUUGAUACCCCAGACAUGGAUUUGUCUCUCCCUCAAACGAAUUUAAAAGGCCCUAGCCUAGAUAUAAAAUCACCUGAUAUUGAUGUUAAUGCCCCCUCAGGUAAAUUCAGUAUGCCAAAGUUAAAGAUGCCAAAGUUUGGCUCAGGGCUGAAAGGACCACAAAUGAAUGUGGAUGCUGACAUUGAUAAACCAGACCUUAAUCUAAACAUGUCAACUCCUAAAUUAAAUGCUGGGAUAAAUAGUCCUGAUAUUGACAUUCAUGGACCUAAUGCUGAUUUCAAAGCUCCGAAAACAGGGCUUACGCUUCCAGACAUGGACAUGCCUUCUGGAAAAAUGAAAAUGCCAACUCUAAAGAUGCCAAAUUUCAAUCUUUCCAAACCCAAAGUAAAGACACCAGACUAUGAACUGAAAACCCCUGAACUGGAUCUGUCGGCUCCAACGAUUAAUGCAGAUUUUGAUGCCCCAGACAUGAACAUCAAAGGGCAUAAGCCUGAUUUCACAGCCCCAGACAUGAAUCUCAAUAUCCCUAAAGGUAAAAUGAAAGGACCAACUUUAAAAAAGCCCAAUCUUGAUGUAAAUUCUCCUGACCUAAACAUAAAAUCCCCUUCAGGUAAACUAAAGCUGCCAAAGUUUGGCUUCUCAGGUAGCAAGCCAAAAGGACCUGAUAUUACACUUAAAUCACCAAAGAUGAAUCUCAAAAGUCCCAAAAUCAAGGGAGGACUCAAUACCCCAGAUGUGGACUUGGCUCUCCCUGAAACUGACUUGAGAAGCCCAAACCUAGACAUCAAAUCACCUGACAUUGAUGUCGAUGCACCCUCAGGUAAACUGAACAUGCCAAAGUUAAAGAUGCCACGUUUUGGACUGUCAGGUGUGAAGGGGCCACAAAUGAAUGUGGAUGCUGACUUUGAUAAGCCAGAUCUUAAUCUGAACACAUCUACUCCUAAAAUAAAUGCUGGGAUAAAUAGUCCUGACAUUGACAUUAAUGGACCAAAUGUUGAUUUCAAAGGUCCAAACAUGGACAUGCCUUCUGGAAAAAUGAAAAUGCCCACUCUGAAGAUGCCUGAUUUUGGUCUUUCAAAACCCAAAAUAAAGAUGCCAGACUAUGAACUGAAAACCCCUGAAAUGGAUCUGUCAGCCCCAGAGUUUAAAGCAGACUUUGAUUCCCCAGACUUUAACCUCAAAGGACAUAAGAAAGAUAUCUCUGUUCCAGACAUGAAUCUUGAUAUAGGUAAAAUCAAAGGACCAACUUUAAAGAAACCCAAUCUUGAUGUGAAUGCACCCGACCUCGACAUAAAUGCCCCUUCAGGUAAACUGAAGCUGCCCAAAUUUGGCCUUUCAGGUAGCAAACCAAAAGGACCUGAUCUUACAAUCAAUUCUCCAGACCUGAAUCUCAAAAGUCCCAAAAUUAAAGGAGGACUUGACACCCCAGAUUUGUCUCUCCCUCAAACUGACUGGAAAAGUCCAAACCUAGAUUUUGAGUCACCUGAUAUUGAUGUUGAUGCCCCCUCUGGGAAAUUCAGUAUGCCAAAGUUAAAGAUGCCAAGUUUUGGACUGUCAGGUAUGAAGGGGCCACAAAUGAAUGUGGAUGCUGACUUUGAUAAACCAGACCUUAACCUGAGCACGUCAGCUCCCAAACUAAAUGCUGGAAUAAACAGACCUGAUUUUGACAUUCAUGGACCUAAUGCUGAUUUCAAAAGUCCAAAAGCAAAUCUUACUCUUCCAGACAUGGACAUGCCUUCUGGAAAAAUGAAAACGCCAACUUUCAAGAUGCCUGAUAUUGGUUUCUCAGGACCCAAAUCAAAACCACCAGACUAUAAAUUGAAAACCCCUGAAAUGGAUUUGUCAGCUCCAAAGAUUCAGGCUGACUUUGAUUCACCAGACUUUAACAUCAGAGGACAUGAGCCAGAUUUCACAGCCCCAAACAUGAAUCUUGACAUGCCUGCAGGUAAAAUGAAAGGACCUACUUUAAAGAAACCCAAUCUUGAUGUUAAUGUGCCAGACUUUGACAUUGAUGCUCCUUCAGGAAAAUUUAAACUGCCAAAAUUGAGCCUUUCUGGUAACAAGCAAGAAAGACCAGAUGUUGAAAUUGGUUCUCCAAAUCUGAAUUUCAAAAGUCCCAAAAUUAAAGGUGGAAUUGAUACCACAGACCUGGAUUUGUCUCUCCCUGAAUCUGGCUGGAGAAGUCCAAACAUGAAUUAUGAGUCACCUGAUAUUGAUAUUAAUGGUCCCUCAGGUAAACUGAACAUGCCAAAGUUAAAGAUGCCAAGUGUUGGACUGUCAGGUUUGAAAGGGCCAAAAAUGAAUGCUAAUGCCGACAUUGAUUAUACAGACAUUCAUCUUAACACAUCAGCUCCUAAACUAAAUGCUGGCAUACGUGGCCGUGAUAUUGACAUUCAUGGACCUAAUGCUGAUUUCAGUGGCCCAAAAACAAACCUCACACUUCCAGAUAUGGACAUGCCAUCUGGAAAAAUGAAAAUGCCUACUUUCAAGAUGCCUGAUAUUGGUUUCUCGGGACCCAAAAUAAAAACACCAGACUAUGAACUGAGGUCCCCUAAAAUGGAUCUUCCAUCACCAAAGGUUAAAGCAGACUUUGAUUCCCCAGACUUCAACAUCAGAGGACAUAAGCCAGAUUUCACAGCACCAGACAUGAAUUUUUAUAUUCCUAAGAGUCAAAUUAAGGGACCAAAUUUAAAGACACCUCAUCUUGAAAUGAAUGCACCAGACUUCGACAUUGACACUCCUUCAGGCAAUUUCGGACUUCCAAAAUUGAGCCUCUUAGGUAGCAAACCAGAAAGACCAGAUCUUACGAUGAAUUCUCCAAAUGUCAAUCUGAAAUCCCCCAAAUUGAAAGGAGGAAUUGAUCGCCCUGAUUUUCAAUACACAGGAUCGGAAAUUGACUUUGAUGCAUUUACACCAAUGCAAAGAAACAACGUGGCUGCACCACAGGGUAAAUUUAUAGCUGUGAGAACAUACGAUUAUCAUGCUCCCCCAGGUGACAUGGGAAUACCAACUCAUUACAAAUAUGGUGCCUCAGAUCUUGACAUGGGAUUACCAACUCAUCACAAAUAUGGUGCCUCAGAUCUUAAGAUGCAACAACCCUAUAUUGAUGUAAAAAGAGACCAUAAAACUUCAAGAAACAGCCAGUGGCCUACAGUGCAAAAAUAUGUGCCACCUCAAGUGACCAGAAUGUCUGGAAUGGGUCCAACAUCAUCAGAUCUUUACAACAAUGACAUGCAUGGGCCUCCCAGGUCAAGGGUGCGUAAAACAAAAUCCGGUGGCUUCGAGUAUGAUGGAAACUGGAACAGUGUAUCAGUGCCAAGACUUCAAGCUUCAAGAAGCAGAGAGAAUUUAGCUGUGACCCAUUCAAACAUGGGAAGGUCUACCAUGCAAAGAUCCCCGUAUAUGGGACGCAAUGAAGGUUAUUAUGAGAGAUCUAGCAUGACUCCUAGGCGUAAUUACACUACAGAUGAUAUAUGCUACACUUUCAAAGGGAUGCCUAGGCUGCAUGAAUGGGGAAACAGGCAAAGUGACUAUAGACAAGCAUCAAGUGGCCAUAGACACACAAUGAGAGGUCUGAGAUUAGAUUCAAUGGAUCUGGAGGUUCCAGAAAGCGCUGUAAAAAGAGGAAGGUUGAACCUUAUUAAACUAAUAUAAAAGCCAAAUGAAAGGGUGGUUGAUUUGAAUAGGGUUGUGUUUAUUUACAGAUCUGAUCAUUUUUAAUGGGCUGGUUCAUGUAGCAUGUUUGUAUAAAAACUGUAUUUUUCUUCACCCUUUCCUUAUAACUCCUUAAGAGGUUUUCAAAAAUCUUAAAACAUUUUACUUAUAGCGCAUAUAGCCUCUAAAUUCAAUACAUUUUAAGAACAAAGUAUUUUUAAAACUAUAAUUUUAUAUGUACAAUGCAACAUGCCUUACCUUGUGAUCUUAUAUGCCUUAUAUUGUAAAUCUUUAUGUUCUCGAAUAUAUUUUGUAAAUUAUGUAAAAUGGUACUGUGUUGUAGACAGUGUUUGUGAGUUAUUCAUGUUGUAAAUAGCAUGGAAAUUGGUUUAAUUUGUUUUUGAAAAAUGACUUGUGCCAUGUACAGUAUAUGAUGUAUUCGCUGCUGCAUUAGGGUACAACAGGGAUUAAACGAUAAAAACCCUUUUUAUUUUAACAAGAAACCGCACCAUAGCACUUUUUACAACAUGUUUGUUGAUAAUCACAUGCAGUGAUAAGGUUUUUAAUGUAAUUACUAAAAUUACAUUUUUAUUACGUUUUUCUCAGGGUGAAUAAUAAUGUUUUAAUAAACAUGUGAAAAAUAAAUUUGUUUCAAAUGGUG